CCUUUCUUUAAGCGAAAUCAUUUCGUGACGUAGCAUCCUGCAAUACUGUCAAAACAGACUUACUAUCAAGUGCCUGAUCUCGUACGAUUUUAUUCAGUACAUUCUCCCGUCACAGCAAGCUUUCUACGCCGAGAUGUACUCAUUCAACCCUUCCACUGAAGAAAACGUCGAUGCUAACCACACCGUACUGUGCCUAGUCACAGACCGGUCUGAGAGCAUGGAGAUGAUGGAAGGCGAGGUAGUGACUGGCAUCAACUCGUAUCUCGAAGAGCAACGGCGCACCAAUGCCACAGACAACCUCAGAACAACCUUGGUCUUUGUACGCUUCAACCAUAUGCCUGAGUUGGUAUGGUCCGGUGUGGAUCUAAGGUAUCUCCGCCCCGUUGUAUACUCCGAUGCAUUGCCACGAGGGAGCACUGCUUUGCACGAUGGUAUUGCAGAAGGUAUGAAACACACCUGUGAGCUUCUCCAGCGGUUACCAAGCUUACCCUCUAAAGUGAUCAUGUUCAUAUUAACCGAUGGGGAAGAAAACUCAUCCCGGUCGUGGAAUGCAGACCAGAUUGCACUUGAUCUUAAAAACCGCUUUGGAGGCUACCGGGAAAGCCCACACUCGUAUGCGCCGCGGACAGCCAAAGGCAUAUACUGCGGAGGAUAAGUACUCCGCGAUUAACUCGAAUGAAUUAUGAAUUUAUUUGGAUGAAUUAUGAACUGCAUUAAAUAUUUAC